ACAAAACAAAUAACUUUGGAAUGGAACUUUAUUGCUUUCAAGCUGAGGUAAAUAGUACAGAAUUUCCAUUAGCUUAUCUGUUUCUAGAAAAUAAUAGAAAAACUUCUUCAUUUAAUCCAUUAUCUGAAUUUGGUGCUCGGUUUCCAUUCGAUAGUAUUGUACAAUCGCCUAAAUUUUGUCCUAAAGAAUACCAAGAAACAAUUUGGAAAAUGAUAGAAAAGCAUCUUCAUCAACAUCCAUUGAUUCCUACGUAUGAUGGCCAAUUUAUUACUGGAGAAUUAAUAUGGAAGACUGCAAUUCAAGAAGCUUAUUCUUUUU